AUGGCUGCUCUUCGCUUCCUCUGUCUUGGUCCUCGCCUCCUCUGUGGGUUUUCUGAUAUAGAAAAUAUGAAUUCUGAAACUGUGAGUAACCUUGUUACUGCUGGAGUUGGUUCUGAGGCUGCUCCGGUCGAGGUUGAUAAACCUAGUUCGAAAAGGCUGAGACCAGCAAGAUCCAAUGUUUGGAAUUUUUUCAAAAAGCUCGGUCCAGAUAAGGAUGGAGUAGAACGUUCUGAGUGUAAAGGAUGCAAGAAGGUGUUUGAAGCUGGAGGUAAGCGAUAUGUCACUUUUACUCUAAAACGACAUCUUGAUAGUUGUACUCAAAUUAAGCAUGAAGAUAUUGGUCAGACUAUAGCAGAAUUGCAACUUAAAAUGGGUUCACUUAAGAUUGAUUCAGGAGUGGCUAGAGAUAUGUUUGCUUCUUAUGUAGUUGCUGGGGAUAAGCCAUUCAAUAUGGUUAAUGAUAGGAGAUUUAGAAAUUGGGUGAUAUAUAUUAGUCCAACUUUGAAACUUCCUUCUAGGAAUACAGUUAAGGCUGACAUAGUGAAAAUUCAUACGAGAGAAGCUGCGAAACUUAAAAAAAUUUUAGUUUCCAUUCCAAAUAGAAUUUGCUUAACAUCUGAUCUUUGGACUUCCAGUACCAAUGAGGGGUUUAUAUGUUUGACUGCAGAUUUUGUUGAUGAGAACUGGAAAUUACAGAGUAAAAUUCUCAAUUUUUGUCAUAUGCCUCCUCCUCACACAGGAUUUGAGUUGUCUUCUAAAAUCUUUACACUUUUGACUAAGUGGAAAAUUGAUAAAAAGAUUUUUUCCAUUACUUUGGAUAAUGCUUCUUCUAAUGAUACUUGUGUUGAACACUUGAAAAGUACUUUGGAUGUGCAUGGUUCAUUGUUGUGUGAUGGUGAAUUCUUUCAUGUUCGUUGCUCUGCUCAUAUUUUAAAUCUUAUUGUCCAAGAUGGAAUGAAAAUAUGUGGUGAUGCAGUGCAUAAGAUUAGAGAUUCUAUUAAGUAUCUGAGAAAAUAUGAAAGUCAAAUGGUUAAGUUUAAAGAAUGUUUUGAAGAUAUUGAGGGACUUGAGUAUACGACUGCAUUAUGUUUAGAUGUUCCUACUAGGUGGAAUUCACUUUAUGCAAUGCUUGCAAGUGCUAUUCUAUAUAAGAAAGCUUUUAAAAUGUAUAAAGUAAAAGACGCUGGAUUUAGGGAGUAUUGUCCUUCAUCAAAUAAGUGGAGAAGAACUGAAAAGAUAUGUGAUUUCUUGUUACCAUUUUACGAAACUACCAAGUUGAUGUUUGGAACUUCUUACCCAACAUCCAACUUGUAUUUUUUACAAGUUUGGCAAAUCCAGCUUAUUUUAAUGAAUAGUUUGAAGAAUGAUGAAGUGCUUAUAAGGAACAUGGGAGAAAAAAUGAUGAUUAAGUUCAAGAAAUAUUGGGAGAAAUAUAGUGUUGUUCUUGCAUUUGAGGCAGUUCUUGAUCCUAGAUUUAAACUCAACACUUUGGUUCAUUGCUAUAAUGAGAUUGAUCCUAUUAGUGCUAAAGACAAAGUGGAGCAUGUGAAGAGUAAGUUAUACAAGCUCUUUGAGGUUUAUGACCACAAUUUCUCUACAACUGUAGAGAGUUCUUCCCAACUUCCAAGUAAUUUUUCUCAAGCAACAUCUUCUGCAAUUGGAACUCAACUUAUUAAAAUUAAAGACAACCAUCAUCGUUUUCCAACACUAUCACUAAUGGCACGAGAUUUGUUGAACAUUCCUAUUACUACCGUGGCUUCAGAAUCUGUAUUUAGCAUGGGUUCUCAUGUUUUGAAUAAGUAUAGAAGUCGUUUGUUGCCAGAUAAUGUUGAAGCGAGGAAGAUAAAGAUGAGGAAGAUAUUGCAAAAGGAGAAGGCUAUUCUUCAGGAGUUGCACCACAAGAUCCAAGCAACUGUUGAGGAUGAUUUGAUCACAACCUUUAUUUAUCAGUUAAAAGAAGGAGAUGUCUGCAAAUUGAAAAGGAAAAGAGAUGUUGAGUGUAAUGGAAACAUAUUGAAAGUUAUGAUCCUUGAAGUUUUUGCUGAUGGGAAGAAAAUCUCCUGCAAUCUUAUUGGUGAUUGUUGUGCUCUUAUAGACAUCAAUAGUUUGAAAAGAUAA